UUUUUAAAUUAGAUGAUCUGAUCAAAAUGUGUUUUAGACAUAUUUGUUACCCUGACCAUAUUGGUUCAACUAAAGCAAACUGGUAACAUGUCUGGUCUGGUUUUGGUUGAUUAGCUAGUGACCAGCAUGAAAAACAGUGUGUUUUCAGGAUAAUGUGGCGAGCAUUGCUGGUGUGUGUGACUACUCUGACUGUACACUGUGAGGGUCAGACAGGCUCUUCUAUAUGCAGACACCACUCUACCUUUAGACAGGCAGCUGACUGGGACAUCACAGUAAUGUGUGGAACUGAUAGUAUCCAUCUGAGCAUCCUACUGUGUCCAGUCUACUAUGCUGGCUACAAUGAAUCUCUUAUAGCCCUCAAUGGAAAAUUUAACACUCCAGCCUGCUGUGGAAUUGUAGACUUGAAAGACAAUACCCCUGUCCUGAAGUUUAAUUUUGCAAUCUCUGCAGAUGAGAUGUCUCUCUGUGACAAUUCUCUUGAGCUUACAGAUGAGGUGGGCACAGGCCGAUUCUCUGACUCCAGAGUCCAGUUUGUCAACAUUUCUGGAAGCGUCAUUUCUUGGGAACCAGACAGGGGCCCCUUCACAUACCACCAAAAGCUUAUUUAUCAAUUCUCCUGCCGCUACCUGCUGCAGUAUUUGGUCAACGACACUAAAGUAAAUGUGUCAGGCAUGAACCUAGCUGCCCGAGAGAACAGAGGAAGUUUUGUCAGGUCACUCAGUAUAAAUCUCUUCACUAAUCGACAAUAUACACAGCCUCUGAAAAUACCUGAAAAGGGGCUACAACUGAAAACUCGUAUAUAUGUCCAGGUCAAAGCAAAAAAUCUCACUAACAGGUUGAAUGUCCUGCUCGAUCGCUGCUUUACAACAGCAAGCCCUUAUCCAACAAGCACAAUUUAUUAUGAUCUUUUUAUUGGGUGUAGACGCGAUGGGCAGACAGUGGUGUACUUAAACGGGGUAUCCCAAGAAGCACGCUUUUCCUUUGAGGCCUUCCACUUUGUGGAGCACCAGAACAAGACAGUCUCCACGUUCUACCUGCACUGUGUCACCCGACUCUGUGAGAAUUCCACCUGUCCCUCCAUGCUUCCGAACUGUAUAAAGAAAGUAAGAAAGGCAAUCCAAUUGAGUCAGAAUUUAAGCAACGUGGAAACUGUUUCUUCAGGCCCAAUCAUGACAAGAACUGACAGUGCUGCCUCAACACACUCUAAGUAUAAAGACUGUGUGACGGGGGUCGCCAUACUCACAUGCUUGUUGAGUGUCUGCUGUACUGGACUGGUGGUGCAGAUUUUGAUCUACAGGAGGCAUACAUGUUUUUAUUAGGUGACCAUUUUCCUUCAAUUUUCAGACCAGUCAACAAAGUUACUUUAUGAAAGAAUAUCUUUUUGUAAAGGACACAUCCCUUUAUUUUUCAAAAAAUAUGUGGGGAAAAAUACAUAAUUUAAUAUGAAAAUAAAAUAUUAUUUUUAAAAAUGUGACUCUGCUUUAUGCUUUAAAAUUUAUAUACAGUACAUUGGAAAAGUAUUCAACCCCCUUAAAAUCCUCAGAUUCAUCUGGAUUACAAAUGUCACUUAGACCGAUUUUUCCAACCAGCAUUUUUUUGCCAACCAAUAUGCCCUUAAAAUCAAAAUUAAUUAUUUGUCAGGAGAUCUAAAAAAUAAAAAACUGAAAAAUGCUGUUUGCAUAUAUAUUCAACCCCUUCAGACUAGUACAGAACCACCUUUUGCUGCAAUAACAGCUUUUAGUCGAUUGGGGUAAGUUCCUACCAGCUUUGCACACUGUUUGGGCGUGAUUUUUGCCAGUUCUUCCUGGCAGAUUUGCUCCAUUUCCUUGAAGUUGGUUGGAUGUUGUUUGUUGACAGCAAUUUUCAAACAAUGCCAAAGAUUCUCAAUGGGAUUCAGAUCUGGACCUUGAUUUGGCCACUGCAGAACAUUCACAUUUUUUGUUCUUAACCACUCCUGCAUUGCUUUGGCCUUGUUUUUGGGACCAUUUUCCUGCUGAAAUUUGAAGUUUCUCCAAAGCUUUAGGUUUUUUUUAUUUGUUUGUUUGGUUUUUUAGCUGACUGAAGCUGGUUUUCUUGUAAUGUCCCCUUGUAUUUUGCUACAUCCAUUCUCCCUACAAUUUUGACAAGAAACACAGGUUCUGAAUAUGAAAAGAGUCCCCAAAACAAGAUCCUACCACCAACAUAUUUCAAUGUCAGGAUGGUGUUAACUGAGGUAUGGCCUGCAUUAGUUUUGCACUACACAUAGCACUUUAAAGCUUGCCCAAAUACAGUAUCUCAAUCUUGGUCUCAUCACACCAAAAAAACGCAUCUUUACUUGGUCACUCUCAUGCUUUCACAUGGCUCUUCUUGAGCAAUGGUUUCUUCCUAGCCACCCUUCUAUACAGUGAUCAGUUAAGAAGAAGAACAAACCUUUAUUUGUCACAUAUACAUUAUAGCUUAGUGAAAUUCUUUUCUUUGCAUAUCCCAGCUUGUUAGGAAGCUGGGGUCAGAGCACAGGGUCAGCCAUAAUACAAUCCCCCAAUCCAACAGUGGUAGCUUGGCAGUGAUGGAGCUUGAAUCCCUGACCUUAUGAUCAGUAACCCAGAGGCUUAACCAUUGAUCCACAUUAUGCAGAACACCUGAAAUUGUUGUCUGGUGCAUCUUCACUCCACUCAGCAACUGUACUCUAUAACUUCUUCAGAGUGACUAUUGGCUGUAACGUAAACAGAGUGACUCACUGUGGCUUCCCUCACCAGUCUCGGCCUUGUUUUUGUGCUGAGUUUUGAGGGAGGGCCUUAUCUAAGUAGUGUUUGGGUGCUAUGAUACAGCUUCCACUUCCUAACUAUUGAUCUAACAGUGCUUACUGGGGAGUCAAACCUCUUAGAUAUAAUUUUACACCUUAUUCUAUUACCUUAUAUUUAACUUGCUCCUUAGUCUUCAUUUUCACU